AUAAGGUCUGGGCGCGCGUGAGACUGCAAAAACUUGAGUCUAGCCAAGAAGUAGAACACAGUAUACUGUACCAAUGCUGUCAUCGCUACGCAAUAGUAUAAUGCAAGCUGUCUUGCUCGCAGCUCUUUGUCUCCUUGUUCGUGAUCCAACAACCACCACGCUACUGCCUCCUAUAUCACAAGGCUACGUCAGAUCCUUCGUAAACUUUAUACAAAUUUAAUACGGGCUCUUCUCUCAACACACACGCAAGGUCAGCGGCCAAGGACCACGAUAGGGAAAGCAGGUCUUACAUUCAUAAAGUGAAAAGUGAUUAAGAACAGCUUGAAAUGCCACCACCAGCUGGAGGUCCACCAACUAUAACUCCACCUGAUGGGGGUUGGGGUUGGGCUGUGGUAUUUGGAGCCUUCAUCUCCAUUGGAUUUUCCUAUGCCUUUCCCAAAGCCAUCACAGUCUUCUUCAAAGAGAUCCAGACGAUCUUCAGUACCUCCUACAGCCAGAUAGCAUGGAUUUCAUCUAUCAUGUUAGCUGUCAUGUAUGCAGGAGGUCCUAUUAGCAGUAUCUUGGUAAACAAAUAUGGCAGUCGACCAGUGAUGAUCAUGGGAGGUUUCCUGUGCUCAAUUGGAAUGAUAUCGGCAUCUUUCUGUAACAAUGUGUUGCAACUUUACCUUUGUAUUGGAGUUAUUGGAGGUUUUGGUUUGGCCUUUAAUUUACAGCCUGCUUUAACAAUGAUUGGCAAAUACUUUUUUAAGAAAAGACCAAUAGCCAAUGGCCUAGCUAUGGCUGGAAGCCCAGUAUUUCUGAGCACACUUGCCCCGCUCAACCAGUUUUUGUUCAAUUCAUUUGGCUGGAGAGGAAGCUUCCUUAUCUUGGGUGGCAUCCUUUUGAACUGCUGUGUAGCUGGUUCCCUGAUGAGACCCUUAGGACCAAAACCUGCACCUCCAAUAAAAAAAGACAUUGAAUCUGAAACAACUGAUCCACUCCUGCAUACCAGGAAACAUACUGAGAAAUUAUCGGUAUGGCAAACAAUAAACAAGUAUUUAGAUCUUUCCCUUUUCAAACACAGGGGGUUUCUUAUUUAUUUAUCAGGGAAUGUCAUCAUGUUUGUGGGUUUCUUUGCCCCUAUUGUGUUUCUGGCUGCAUAUGCCAAAGAUAUUGGUGUUGAUGAAUAUUCGGCAGCCUUUUUAUUGUCCAUUUUAGCCUUUGUGGACAUGUUUGCAAGACCAUCAAUGGGACUUCUGGCAAAUUCUAAAUGGAUCAGACCAAAAAUUCAGUAUUUUUUUAGCUUUGCUGUGUUAUACAAUGGAGUUUGCCAUAUUCUUUGCCCACUGGCAAAAGGCUACACAGGGCUUGUAAUAUAUUCAAUAUUCUUUGGAUUUGCUUUUGGGAUGGUCAGCUCAGUCCUCUUUGAAACUUUAAUGGACCUUGUUGGUGCUCAGCGGUUUUCCAGUGCUGUGGGGCUGGUUACGAUCGUAGAGUGCUGCCCAGUUCUUAUUGGACCACCUUUGGGAGGUUGGUUGGUGGAUGUGACUGGGAACUACGCAUACAUGUAUGUUUCCUGUGGAGUCAUUGUGAUAAUUGCAAGUAUCUGGCUGUUUGUCGGGAACGCCAUCAACUACAGACUGCUCGACAAAGAACGCAAACGGCAAACAGACCUGAAAAAGGAUGAAAUUAAAUAUGACCAGAAAGAGGCUGAAGAAGACUCCAAGAUGACACCUGAAGAUGUGCUUGUCUGUCCUCAGAAAUCACAGGAUGAUGAAAUGCAGAGAGAAACUAAUAUUUAGAUGAGUAAGAUGUGCAAUAUUGUAUACAAAAUCAAAUAUCUGGCAUUAAUUUCUUCAGGUUUGAGCAGUUUUGGAGCAUUCUGCACUGGCUGCUCUGGAUUAUCAAGCACCGCUGCCAAAGUAACAGCUGUGUCUGGUAUACAUUUAGUGUUAAUUAAGGGAGUGGUGUUACUGCAGUAAAACACACACAAAACUAUAAAACACUGCAUGUAUAAGCCAUACAAGAAUCGUCUAAGACUUGAAAUAAUAAGGAGUAAGGUCAGGGUCAAAUUUUAAUAUCUAUGUGUAAUAGCUUCUGUUAUGACCAAAUAAGUGGAAGAAAUGGGCUAAUGCUACUGGGAAGAACCAAAUGCAGCAUCCAUCAGCAAUAUUUUAUCUGUCUGCUGUCUGGUUUAUGCAUAUGAACCUGGAGUUUAGCUGUUGCAUACUGUAUUAAUUUUUCACUAAUGAUAUAUUGCCUUAAAUUUUAAAAUGCAACAGGGAACAGUAAAAAAAA